GGCCUGCAAGUCCGUUGACGACCGCCACGCUUAUCCGUGGCUGAGCAAUGACAUUUUGUUCCGGAUGACCAGCAUGGGGCGAAAUUUCUACAAGGCACUGGACGUAAUACAUGGUGCCACACAAAGGGUUAUUGAUACGAGGAAAGCUGAGCUACAGAACGAGUUGAAAGAAUCGAACUCGAGAUCGGUAGAUGAAAAGCAUGAGGACGACGACAUUGGGUCGAAGAAACGUAUGAUGUUCAUCGACCAGUUGCUCACGAUGCAUCUUCAGGGAGAAGACUUGUCAGAAAAGGAUAUUUUCCAUGAAGUUAACACCUUCAUGUUCGAGGGUCACGACACGACCAUGACAUCAGUGUGCUUUACGCUGUACCUGAUGUCCCAGCACCCUGAGGUGCAGGAGCGUGUCGCACAGGAGAUCCUUCUCGUGACGGGUUCCGACACGGACUUAACGUCUGCGCAGCUCGCCGAAUUGAAGUUCCUCGAUGCCGUGAUCAAGGAGUCUCUACGCCUCUACCCCAGCGUACCGUGCUUUUUUAGAGAUUGCAAGGAAGAGUACACACUUCCCAGCGGAUACACGAUCCCCGCUGGUUCAUCCAUCAUGAUCAACGCGAUUAUGGCACACCACGACGAGAAGAAUUUUAAGGAUCCCUCCACAUUCAACCCCGAUCGUUUUGUCGCCGGUAGCGAGAGCGAAGACCACCGGCGUCACAAUUUUGCAUACAUCCCAUUCAGUGCAGGAUACAGAAACUGCAUAGGCCAGCGCUUCGCAAUGAUGUCCAUGAAGGCAACUCUGGCGCGUAUACUUCGUUCCUACCGGUUCCUUUCCAGCUCAUCGGACUCCAAGCUCGACCUCGAUCUACAGGUUGUUCUGACCACAAAGUCCGGGGUAAUGCUGCAAUUGGAGCGACGAGCGUAGUUUUGACAUAUAAUCAACUAAUAAAAAGUCACUUUAUAAUGGUU